GGUAGUUAAGAUCGAGGUGCGCGGAAAUGUGCUGCUGUUCGAAUAGAAGCAAACCUAACGAAAACAAACUAUGAAUAUGCAAAUCGGUUGUCGAGUGGUAUAACUCCGCCAAAGUACGCGAUUGCGCCGAUUUUCCGAAUAAGCUCAAGUUUGCGUGGUUUCCUAAGCGCGGUCGUUGCGUCGCUGUGUCUUCAAACUUCGUGAUCGUAGUGCAGUAAUUGCUUCUGGUAUCCUCCAAGAUCCGCCACUCUUCAGUAGCUAUCUGUUGCGCGUGGUGAACAAGUGCGAAAACGGUGAACACCUCGAUCGCAAGGUAUUCCGUGAGUGCAUCUCGACGCAUCCAGUGACAUCAACAAACCUAAUCGAUGCGAAGCUGCUUAGACACGCUGGUAUUCAGUGAUCUCAGUGCGCGGGUGAAAACAAACCAGCUUCUCCAAAAUCGAUACGUACAUAUCUAUGAGCUGUGAUCGGCUAAUGUGAACAGACAGUGCGCGGCAUUGCGAAAAAAAAACUUAUCGAUGCAAUACUUGCAGCACAUCAGCAGAUGAAAGUAGUGUUUUAGUGUAUGAACCCGAGAAUACGCAUAUGUUGGCUUGAGUUGGCAGGUAUAACAUAAUACUCAGACUACAUCCAGUUUCCGCGUGGUUCCAGUUUGGUGCUGGACCGGUUUGCGAGAUAACGCAUUCAUUUUUGGCGGUUGUGUCAAAGGUUUACGUAACUUCGGUGUAUUGGAUAAUAAGGACUGCGGCUGAGACUUGCCGGAAGAUUAUACAGUUGCGGUGAAAAUGCAUGAAAACAUAUGGUUGGUUGUAGGAACGGCAUGCUUCCUGGUCUGCUUUCAAGCAGUUCGGACGGAUCUGAACGACGACGAAGUUGAUUAUGAUGCUGAUGAGGAGGGUUUCUGGAUCGGCCACGGUCUCGGAAGUAGGAAGCAUGGUGACGAGAUCCUUAAAAUCAUGUACAAAUCCGUUGGACCCUUCAGCGAACCACAGAAUGUCACCGUGGUAGAGAAAUUCGCUGCUGCCGAGGGGGAAAGCAUAACAUUCACACAGUUCAACUCAUCGAAGGUACUUACAUAUUUCCGCGAAGUUGUGCUGGACUUCAACCCGAAGAAUUUCUACAUUAAGCUGAAUCUUUACAACAUCACGAAUUUGCGACUUCAGAGAACAGUCUACGGUUAUCGAUCAAACUCCGUGAAAAGGAGAAAUGUGCUCUAGACCGAUCUACCUGAAAUAAGGCUAAGGAAAAAUAUAAGUUUAAGUAAGACUAAUAAGGUAGUUUAUUCAGUAGCAAACAAGAUCCCUAUUUGAACAAUGUUUCAGACUAAUGAAGCCAAAAAUGUUGAACAUUUAACUUGUUUUUCGUUAUUUAUAUGACAUGAACUAUAUCAGUUCAGAACGCCGCGUGCACAAAUUUAAAAACUCCUAGACAUAAGCAUCGUAAUUAUGCACGAACGAACCUUGAAGCGAAUAUGACAAAACAUACCUCACACAAUCCACCUAUUUGCAAUCGCCAAUAAAAGAUAAUUGAUACAACCAAUAUCCAUAAUUGAAAAUAUGACAACAAACAUGUGACUACGAGUAAUCACUUAAACCGUGACAAUUCCCAGUCACAAUCGAUGUUAUGAAGAAUCAAGGUGUAGUAUAUACCGAGUUUGUCAGUCAUACGCUAAUGACAAACGACAAGUUGACUUUCUUCCAUUGAACAAUAAGUGAAUACGUCGCGAGCAUUGGAUAGGGAUACCGACCCGAGGUGCAAGUCGAAUAUGAGCAAUGAAACCGAAACCACAUACCAUUUUCGCCGCAUUUUUUCGCGUGUUUUAGUUUUAAGCAUUUCUGUCUGUCGCCAGAUUAUUAUAUAAUGUAAGCAAACUUGGAUACUGUUAUUGUUGUUAGUGCAA